AUGCUCUCUCGUCAACGAUCUACUUGCUUCUUAUUGGAGAAUCCCCGUGUACAGGGGUCAGAUUUUGUGGGAAUGCUCAGUUUGAUAGGAUAUCCUGGAGCUGGGAAACUCAAGGGGGAGGAUUUUGAUUGGCUUUGUGAAACUGAGGAAGCUGGUCAAUUUCUGGCUUGGCUUUGUGGGACGGUAGAUCAGAGGAACUCUCUUAGUGAUGAGCAGUUGGAGGCUUACCAAGCACUGUUGGCUUCUGGGCAACCAAUGUUGGGAGCAGAUGAACUUCAAAGUCUCUGUGUUGGAGGAGUAGAAGAUAAUAGUGACUUGGAGAUGUGUAAUGAACAAAGUUUAGAGGAGCUGGAAGAAGAGCUUCAGAAAUUGCAGAGCCUUAGAAACCAUCGGGUUCAACGUCUCAACAAGAUGGAGUCUUUGAGGUUUUCGUUACUUCGCAAUCGCGCUUCAUUGGAAAAUUGGGAAAAGGAAGAAGAAAAACGACUGAGCCAUGUUAAAGAAAGGCUCAAGGUAAUGAGUUCUCAGGAUAAUGCUGCUCUUUCAAGGAUCAGGGAAACUACUACAAAACUUAAGCAAUUGUACACUGCCAGCUCUCCUCCUUACCCAUUUCUUUCAAGCCUUAAUCUGGAACAGCAUAUAGGAUUAGAGGAGGCAAGCUGGGAAAAGGUAGAGCAGUGGGCUAAGGAGUCACACCCCAUGAAAAAGGAAGAUGUGGAAGCUAAAAAGAGGACCCUUAAGGAAAUGGAAGAAGAAACUGUGAGAUUACGAACGGCUUGGAUGUCUCAGAGAAUGCCGCUAAGUAUUGCACGUGCGGAUUUGAGUGGCAAGGAGGAAGCGCUAAGGUGGUUAGAAAGUAGAGGAGAGGAGCAGAUAUAUGAUCUUUUGAAGAUUCAGUCAAUGGAGAGAGAUAUUCAUUCUCUGGAGGCUGAAGUGACAACGCUUAAAAAUGUACAACUACCUGCAUUGCUGCAUGACCUCUCUCUGGGUCCAUGCCUUCCUGCGUAUAAGAGAAAGCUAGAAAUGGAUGACCAGAUACUUAAACGGGCUGAACAGGUCCAGGAGCCAGUAUCUAGAAUGGCGAUGCACCAGAUGUCACGACUGCAGCUACUGGAGAUUGGAAUGCAGGUUGAAAUGAGACAGCACCAACAAACACAAACAAAUUUCCGAGAGUUGAAAGAUAAGAUGGAAUAUAGAGCUGAAGAGAUGGAAAGGAGAAUGUUAGGACUACGGUGCUCAUCACAAUGGCUGCCCCCUAUACGCAUUGAUAGCAAGGACCAAACCUCAGUGAGACUCUCCUUGAUGCUCCCUGAUCCAGCUAAUCAGUCAGAGCUUUUCCCAAAGUAUGAAACUUUACAGCGCCGGGCUAUGUAUUUUUUCCAAGAAAUUAUGUCUCUGAAGAACAGACUUCAAAGACCGUUAACACAUCAGACCGAAAUUUUGGAGCAAGCGUGUAAAGACCUUCUUCAAAGCUUGUGUCGUGGGACUCGGAACCUACAGAGGAGAGAACCGAGUCUCACCCUUGCCUUCGAAGACCUCUCCUCUACAGUUUCGCAGUUUAACCAGUGGUGUCACGACUGCCUAAGAGAUUUGGAACAAAAGAGACGAACGGUUCAGACCUCGCAGCUUGAAAAAGAGAGACGGCUUUAUGUUCUCUUUUAUCGGAAUUCCAGCCAGUUGGUCAGAGCUGUCCAGGAUCUUGAGAAACGUGCAAGAGACAUGUGCAAAAGAGACUGA